AAUCAGAAUUAAGGGUUUUCUUUAAUAGCAAAAUUAUUUUUGAACGGAAGGAGCGGCUAGAAAAACACUUGGAAUAGCUGGUGGCCUUUCUCACCAUCCACUUGGCAGAGCCCAAGUUAUAGAGGGACAAAAUGAAUCACAGAUAACGGCGAAGGAAGGUUCUGUUCCAAAACUUGAAUCAUCUUUCAACAUAUCUUCCAUUCUACUCUAUUCUCUUACAUUUGUCCCACCCUUUUGGGAAGAUGUUGUAAUUGGAAAAUUUAGCUCAUACCCAAUUGAGAGAUCGGACAAUCAUGCCUUUGCUCGCUAUUACUUGUUUAACGACAACCCGUAAUUGCUCCUUGAAGCUGACUGGCCCCUGUGAUUCGCUGAAGAUUUUACUUGCCAAAUCAAGUAGCUUGAAGGGCUAUAGAUUUUGCACAAGGACUUUUGCCCGGCAGAAAUCGGUGAAAAAGCUGAGAAGAGAUGUGCAAUCACCAAAUGGGAAGAGUUUAGAAGAUGAGAACAAGGUCUUAUCAGAUGGGUCUUCUUUAAAGGAUAAUAAUAAUGUCAAGGUUACGCAGAAUUCAGCCAACUUCCCUUCCAGAAGAGCUGUUCUUCAGUCAUGCAUUGCCACUUCUGGGGUGAUAGCUGCUUUGGGUAUAUUAAUUCGACAAGUAUCUCAUGUUGCAUCAGUGGAAGGAUUGCCAAUCCUUGACUGCUCUACAGAAGUUUCAUUUGGUAUUGAGAUGUGGCAUCUUGAGUUGAUUACAGGAUUGGUUAUACUGAUAUCAUUAUCCCGAUACUUGCUUCUGAAGACGUGGCCUGAUUUUGCUGAAUCUACAGAAGCUGCCAAUCAGCAGGUCCUCACAUCACUUCAACCUUUGGAUUACAUGGUAGUUUCAUUUUUGCCUGGGAUUAGUGAGGAAAUCCUUUUCCGUGGUGCAUUGCUUCCACUUUUUGGAAUGGAUUUGAAGAGUGCCUUGCUGGUUGCUGCCAUAUUUGGUAUUCUACACUUGGGAAGCGGUAGAAAGUACUCCUUUGCUGUCUGGGCAACCUUUGUUGGACUAGCAUAUGGUUAUGCUACCAUUGUCUCCUCAAGCAUCAUUGUACCAAUGGCUUCUCAUGCAUUGAACAAUCUGGUUGGAGGGAUCUUGUGGCGCAGCACAUCGAAGUUGUCAAAGUCAUUAGAGUAGAUACCUGAUUCAGUGAAAAAUAGGUGAAGUACGAUUCUCAAAAUGAUGUAAGAUGAAAAAUUGCCCAAACUAAUGAAAUAUGCAAGCUCUCCUCAUUUGCAAAAAGGCAUAGGAAGUCUGGAGUAUCUCUUAAUAAUCUUUGCAUCUCCAAGAGAAGAGUUGAUAUGAAAACUCAAGCAGCUCUAUGCAAUAAUAUUUUAUUGUUAAUUGUUAA